GAGAGAGAGGAGAGAGAUUGAGGAUUAAUAACUGCCACAUGAUUGUGGUGCAAUUGCCAGUCCUUUUACUUUUUCUGGAUAGCAAAAAAAGGCAACCUCUUUGCUUUUUUGCCUGUUUCAGUCCUUUGUCUCUAUUCUCUCUCUCAUUAAAAAAAAAAACAAUUUCACCCACAACAAAAUCAAAUACUCAGAUACACAAUAGACAUUCAGUCAGUCCCACCUUAAAACCCAUUUUCAAAUUUGAAUUCCCUUAAAUAUCACACACACACACAGACAGAGAGAGAGAGAGAGAGAGAGAGAGAGAGAGCCCUAUUUUCUUGAAAGAGAGAAAGAAAGAGAAAGAAUGAAACCCAUUUGGUUUGUGAUUCUAAUACCCAUUUGGGUAUUAUUCAAUCUCCCUUCGUUUUCGUUUUCCGCCCCACUUGAUGUCAAACCCGACCCGCCCGCCGCCGACCCGGUUCUUCCCACUGAAAAAGAUCCGUUUUUUAAGAACUCAACCGAUCUUAUAGCUCACUCUCCAGAGGUAGCAGAGGUUAAGGUAGUUCACCACCAGGAUUUAAACAAGAAGAUCCUAGUUGCACUUGUUGUCUCUUCAUCUCUUCUUGGAGGGAUUUUGCUGCUGCUUUCGUGUUUUUCGAUCUACAGACUUAAACGAUUGAAGAAAUGCAAGGCCGAAAACGAAGAAAAUCCGGAUGCUGCAAAGGCUAUUAUCUCGUUCGGUCCGAUUUUGGAUAAAUUCCCCUCUUUGAAAACCAGUGGCAAAAAGGGCUCAAUUGCUUCGAUUGAGUACCAAUUGUUAGUGGCUGCUACAAAUAAUUUCGACGAAGCCAAAAUUAUCGGGGAAGGUGGAUUAGGGCGCGUGUAUAAGGCUCAUUUCAACGAUCACUUUCACGCGGCUGUUAAGAAAAUAUACGCUGGUGGGCAAGAAGCUCAAAGGCAAUUCGAGAAUGAGGUUGACUCGUUGAGUAAAAUUCAGCAUCAAAAUGUAGUGUCUCUAUUAGGGUAUUGUAUACACGGUGAAUCGCGGUUCUUGAUUUACGAAAUGAUGGAGAAUGGAUCCCUCGAAUUUCACUUGCAUGGGAAAUCUCAUCGAUCGACGCUGACUUGGCAUUUGAGAAUGAAAAGUGCUCUGGAUGUUGCAAGAGGAUUGGAGUAUCUCCACGAGCGCUGCAACCCUGCCGUAAUCCAUAGAGAUCUCAAAUGCUCUAAUAUUCUUCUCGAUUCCAAUUUCAAUGCCAAGCUUUCGGAUUUCGGCCUUGCGAUUACUGGAGGAAACUCGAACAAAACGAGCAUCAAACUUUCGGGAACUUUAGGCUAUGUAGCUCCAGAGUAUCUAUUAGAUGGCAAGCUUACGGAUAAAAGCGACGUGUAUGCGUUCGGUGUGGUUCUUUUGGAGCUUUUGAUGGGAAGAAGGCCCGUUGAGAGAGUAGCCGAAACUCAAUGCCAAUCUAUAGUUACAUGGGCAAUGCCUCAGCUUACAGACAGAUCGAAGCUUCCGAAUAUUGUGGACCCCGCCAUCAGAAAUACUAUGGACUUGAAGCAUUUGUAUCAAGUGGCGGCUAUAGCUGUGCUGUGUGUACAACCGGAGCCGAGUUAUCGACCACUUAUAACAGAUGUUUUGCACUCUUUUAUCCCACUAGUGCCCGUGGAUCUUGGAGGAUCGUUAAGAGUAUAACCGAUUAUGCUUCUUUGAACAUGUGCAUAGGGUUCGAUUUUUACGAAAAGUCCGUUAAUUAACUGGUUUUUUGAGGUGGGGUUCGUUUUUUUAAUCGAUUUGCUUAAUCAAAUCCCUUUUGGUAGGAAACAUGGAUUAAGGAUUUGUAUCGGGAGGAAAGUUCGUUUUUUUUUUUGCUCCGAAAGGAUUACUUGUCCUUAUAAGAAAUCGGUAGUCGGUCGCGUUUUGAUGUGUGUGUGUAUAUAUAUAUAUAUAUGUAUAAGAGUUUGUUUUGUAGUAAAACAUUUGAAGUUUUUUGGAGAUGCAAUCAUAUGAAUGUUUGCAAAAAUUUGAAGGUUCUGUCAAGAUUUGUUU